UACUUCACCAUUUGUAGGCGCUCUCAUUGCUUCAGUUCUCUUUGAGUCGUCGUUGGAUUUGAUUGUUGUCGCUAAAUUGCAAUUCACUUUGCAAUCGGUUUAAUUUCUAAAAACAAAGUGUUGCUUUACUAUUUGUAAACGGAAAUAAAACGUAGUAAGCAACUUUUGCUUACCUUUCUAUUAGCAGUUCUUUGCUGGUGCGUAAAUUGCAGUUCAGUGAAGUUUUUGAGCCAAAUACUUUACAAUGGAAAACUGCGAACAAAUAGAAUACAAAUACAUACAAAUAAAAUAAAGUCACAACAAUAGCGCGAAAAUGAAAAGAACAAAGAAUAUGAAUUCACUUUAAAAUUGAUAACAAUAACGACAGUGAAAAUAAAAACCGUGCAUACAACUAGCAAGACAACUACAACAAUUGUGUCAGCAGCAAGUGCAAAAUCUUUUGCUCUAUACAGCUGGUGUUGUUACACGAUAGUAAAAACAACAAAAAAAAUAAAAUAAAUAAAAUAUAUGUAUGUAUGUCCAUACUAUAUAGUUUGUUUGUUGUACUCAGUCAUUCGUGAGCGUGAAGCGCACAUGAAAAUCCGUUGAAAAUUCAAUGACACGAUAAGUUGCACGGUUAAUUCGAAAGGUUAAUUGAUUUUUAAUUAAAAGGAAAGUCAGCAGCAGCAGCAUGUAUGUAGUGCAUACAUACAUACAUACAUAUGUACUAAUGUAUUAGUUCAUUCUUUUAGCUACCAAAAGUGAAAAAGUUCGUGUUGUGAAAUUAAAUUUUUUUUUGGUUAAUUCUCACACUCGACCGCAGGUGGCCAAAGAAAAUCGACUUUCCACGUGGAUUAAGUAUGUACAUUUCCUCGAUCAAAUUACUGGGUUUAUACAGUGAUUAUUUAAUCGCGCGUAUUGCAUCAUAUUUGUCGUAGACGAUCAGCCUGCAGCUUGCGUAUGAAUCUUUGAUGAAAUUUUAUGCAACUAAACAUUAUUUUAAAAGAUCAAUAAAUACAACAUUAGAAAACAAUAAUAAGACAUAAAUCACGGCGCAUGAAAGUGCAAAGAAAGCGAGCAACGUACAGCGAGCGCAUUUAACGAAAAAGAGGGAAAGAAGAAGAAAAUUGUUGAUAAACACAAAAAAAAACAUUAAUGGGUAUUAUGCUACAAUUAUUAAUAAAAGUAAAAACAAUUUUCAAUUACCAAUACCGAAUAAAAUUGCAAGCGGAAAUUAUAAAGAUUGAAACGUCGCGUCGGACAGACGGUCUGUGAAAGCUAUGAAAAAUAAUUAAAAUCAAUAAAUACAGCAGUAACAACAGCGAAUAUUUACAUUUACAAUAACAACAUUCCAGCAUUCCAAUUGCUAAAAUACUGUAUGUAAUAACAACCAUAACAGCAGCUAAAUAAAUAAAAACAACAGCAACUGCGCCGGCAAUAUCAACACAACAACAACACAAUGGACGCCAACAGAGCGACUAUAAAAAAUAGUAGCGUUGGCUGCGCAGCCAACGAUGCCCGUCAAAUGUCGCCAUCGCGCGAUGAAGUCGACUUUGUUGUUGUGUCGUCUAACAACAACAAUAAUAAUAAUAACAACAACAAUCAUUUUAUCAAUGGUAAAAUCAUGAAUGGCAGCAAUCAUCACCUCACAGCGGCCGAUAAUGCAACGAACAACGCAUUGAACUCAAAUUCGAAUACGACUUCGAAAAUGUUUGCGAACUCGAAAACGCUAACAAAUGAGCAUUUACAAUACCAACAAAACCGACCAGAGACGCAACAACACAAAGAGACGGUGAAGAGUAAAAAGAAAGCAGCGACUGCAAACAACAACAACAACAGCAGCAGCAGCAGUCAAGAAGAGCCAAAGAAGAAGAGUUCGACUAAGGAGCGUCUAUCGCUGUUCUCCACACUGGGGCGACGCAUCAGUCAAAAGGCGUUGGGCCAAAAAGAUUCCAAUGCAAAUGCAUCAACGCCACAGGUAUCAGCGCAGGUGGAAAAAUCAACAGCCACGGGCAGUCCAUCAACAGCAGCAACAGCAACGACAGGAAACGUGCACACCGCCACAUCUCCCCGCCAACGCACGUUUGUGAAGAGCUCGUCCAUUGCACGCUUGUUGGGCAACACUUAUCAGCAUCAUGCCAAGAAAUUUGAGAAGCAACAACAAUGCAUAGAGCAACAGAACAGCAAAGCGCAGGUGGAUGGCAAAUUCCAUACGUACGGUGGUAGGCGUCGUGUCAGCGGUCCAUAUUUGGAUCGUUUCAAACUUUACUCCAAGGAUGACGCCGAUGUCAGCUCAAGCAAUGUUGACAGCAGCAAUGAUGGCGACGAUGCCGAAUCAACAAUAGAUUUCACCGAUAUGCUGGAAUUGAACGGCGACACUGCCUGCGAUGAGCUGCAACGCGCUUCAAACGGCCUCGAACGUUUCUGCGAUCAUAGCACAGUGGCAGCUGGUGAAGAUGAAGCGGCUGCAGAAUUGGGCAGCAAAACUAUGCGUACAUUGUCGCGCAGUUUGGGACGAUUGUGGGGCAAGCGGUUGCAUAGUGUGGACAUAAGUAUACCAGAUCCCGAGUACAAGGUCUCUUAUUUGGGCAAUGUGCUGACCGGUUGGGCCAAAGGUGAGGGUUGCGUUGAAAAGCAACUGAAUACACUCUGGCGCAACUACACGCAAAAUAAUAAGCCCGACAUGAUCAUGCGCAUCAAGGUAUGCGCCAGCGGUCUGAAAGCAACAACACGUCAACACGGACUCACCGAGUACUGGGCUAAUCGCAUCACACACUGUUGUGCGCCAAAGAACUAUCCACGAAUUUUCUGCUGGGUCUAUCGACACGAAGGACGUAAGCUGAAACACGAGCUGCGCUGUCAUGCGGUGCUCUGCAGCAAGGAGAAGGUGGUGCAGGAUAUUUGUCAUACACUGAAGGAAAAUCUGGAGCGUGCUUUGCGCGAAUUUAAACGCGAGAAAAUUCUCAAGCAGAAUGCGCGACUCAGCCUGGCCAAUGCAGCGUACGAAAACCCCAGUUUGCCACGACGCAAAAUUCUGCUUAGCGUAGGCGGCAAUAACUAUCGACCACCGCUGGAGCGCUCCAAGUCAGCGCCUAAAUUGAUGGCCAUUGAGGAGGCAAUCGGCGAGGAAGAAGGCGAGGAUGCUGAGGAGACCAAUGAGCCGGAAAUGAAGCCAUGCUGUCAGAAAGACUCACUCUAUCCCGCCAUGACACUGGGACGUCGACGCUGUCGCCGCGGCCACUCCAUAAGACGCACCGGUAAGGCACGUCCGCUUUGCAGCAUUUCGUUGGACGAAUCACAGCAGCGCAAGCAGUUGUUGGCUAACGACGUGUGCUGCCACAACAAACUGGCCGCCACCACCAAAGAAAGUGCAAACCAACAAAGCGCUACUGCGACGGCAUGCACCGAGUUGGCGGAGGAGCAACGUCAUAGCUAUGGUUCUGAUGACUCCGAUGACUUCGAAAAACUGCUCAAGUAUAACAACUACGAUCCGAGUACAUCGUUAGCGACCGAGCUGCUGCCCUACUUCGACAUGCAGCUGCACAAAAAUACCAGCAGCAGUCUUAGCGAUUUGUGCGCGCUGAAGGACGAGGAAGAACCACUUAGCCUGUUGCCGACCAUCAAUAGUGAUCCGAUGGCGCAUCCCGAGGGUGAUCUAGUGCCUGAAAAGGCGGCGAUCGAGGAGUCGGAAGAAACGCAUGUGGGCCUGCGGCGCGAUGGAGUGUGCAGCGAUGGCGAGGAGGAUUACCUAGACGCAGAUGAUAUGUACUUUCGACAAGCGACUAUUUUGAACAUUUUGCAUCGCAAUUCUAUGCGCAAAAUGGCUCAACUGUCUAUGAGCAGCGACGAGAGCAGCAGCAUAGAAACGAAUGCAUCAGCACCGCUACAAUACCGCCACCAAAUGCAGUCAUCCAUUUCCUCCACGGCAUCCACGAGCACAACAAACAGCAGCUCGGUGCAAGAUGGCCACAGCAGCACGACGACGGGCAAGCGACACAGCGGUGCCGAUAGCGAUGAGGGCUCCAUUUCGAGUGGCUGUGAGACAGCCAGCACAGUGACUGCGAAUCAGGAUGACCUCUCGCUGCAAUACCGCCACGAAAAGCAGCUACUCCAGCUACAGCAACAGCAAGCAGCGCUGCUGGACGCAGACAAUGCACAAUUCUUUGAACUGCCAAGCGACGAGCAGUCGUCACCCAUAACGGCCGAUGAAAUCUACCAAAGACUAGAGGCGCGUCUACAGCGACGACAGAACAGCGAUGCAACCACCUUCAGCAGCUCCAGCACAAUCACGCUAAAAGUGGGCAACGGCAGUGAGGGUUCGUUGCCCGACUCGCCAAAUGAAACAGUUCAAAAUAAAGUGCGCACGCUGGAAGACCAAAUAACCAGCUUGGCGAACAACACAUCACGUGUACGGCGUCAACGUCAACGUCAGCUAGCGGCAGCAGCUGCACCACCACCACGCGAUUGUGCGGCAGAUGAUACCGAUUCGGAAUGCAGCGAUGAAUCCGGCUACGUGGAGUAUCAGGAGCGCGUAAAGACUGUGCGAGAGAAGGUGUGCGAGGUGGAGCGACGACAGCUGCGCGAACAACAGGCGCAAGCGCAGCAGCAACAACAACAGCCGGUGGCGCAACAGCGUCUGCAUAAGCCACAAUUGCCACCCAAGCCGAUGCCGCGUCGAACGCUGAGCGGUGGCAGUGGCGGUGGUGUGGUUGCUGGUAGCAACGCAAUUUUGCUGACGGACGGUCCGUGCGCAGGCAACAGCACAGCGGUUUGAGGGGCGUAAAAGCUUUUAACUAUGUACACAUCUAUGUGUAUGUAAGGGAUUCAUACCAUCCAGUGAGAGUUGUACAUACCGGCUCAGUGAGAGGAGCGCGUGUGGGUGCUUAAAGUCGCCGAGUCUAUGGAUGCAAUAUUGCAACAUCGAAAACUUUUGCAAAAGCCUAGCAAUGCUGCUGGUGAUUACCGAUCAUUUUUCGAACAAAAUUUCAUUUGUCUGUUUAUGAAGUGCAAAUUCAAAUCCUUAAACAAACUCGGGAAACAUUUUAAUUGAUUUUCAAAAGAAAAAUGCUUAUGUCGCUCACACACGCUUCAAAGCUUUGUAGUUAAGUAUAAACAUUUAUUACGAGUACAUAUACAUAUUUAUAAAGCUACCAAACAAAGGAUAUAUGAAUUUGUUUUUAUGUUAGCAUUUAAGUAUUCCAAAAACUCAUCAUAUACAUACUACAAUGAACUGUACAAAAAAAAAAACCAAUUUAUA